AUGCUAGCAGAACAUGCCCUGCAACCCCUGCAACCACCGCACCCCCCAUCAACCACCUCCCACCCCUCUCCACCCAGGAGUGUGCGGGAUCUAGGAGUCUCAGACGAGAGAAUCAUCCUCAUGCUAGCAGACAACAUGCCCUGCAGCAACCCCCGCAACCCCCACCCCCCGCAACCCCCACCCCCUGCAACCCCCACCCCCUGCAACCCCCGUAACCCCCAGACUCCCUUCAACCACCCCCAACCACUCUCAACCGCUCUCCACCCUUCCAUGUUACCAGGAGUGAGUGUGCGGGAUCUGGGUGUAUCAGAUGAGAGAAUCAUCCUCAUGCUCGCAGACAACAUGCCCUGCAACCCCCGCAACCCCCACCCUGGCCGUGUCUUCCACAGCCCCGACCACCGCCUCAACCUCUAUGGGGAGCACGUGGAGGUGGACUACCGCGGGGCGGAAGUGACAGUGGAUGCCUUCCUGCGCCUGCUGACCGGGCGGCACGAUUCGUCCGUUCCGCGCAGCAAGCGGCUUCUCUCGGACGGCAGCAGUCGCAUCCUCAUCUACCUCACGGGCCACGGGGGAGACAAGUUCCUCAAGUUUCGGGAUAAGGAGGAGCUGCAGGCGCAGGACUUAGCUGACGCGUUUCACCACAUGCACCAGCAGCACAGGUACCAUUCAAUCCUCCUUAUGAUCGACACAUGCCAGGCGCAAACACUCUACUCCGAGAUCUACUCCCCAGGCAUCGUCUCUGUCGCCAGCAGUGCCAAGGGCGAGAUGUCCUACUCCUACCUGCCUGACCUCGAUCUGGGAGUGACAGUGGUAGAUCUCUUCACGUACCACACGCUGCAGUUUCUGCAUCAAAUCAACGCUCGCUCCAACGCCUCCCUCGCCAGUCUCUUUGAGUCGUACGAUCCAGCCUUCCUCAUGUCCACUCCGGGCUACCGCAGCUUCAACUUCCCCGCGCCUCUGCACCAGGUGCCAGUCACUGACUAUGUCGCUUCAGUCAUGCCUGUCCAGAUAACACCUGCCCCGUACCCUCUCUCUUCCACCGACAUAACCUCGUCCGAAGCGAUCAAGGCAGAGAGUGUAGGAGGAGGAGAGAGCUGUGCAGCAGAGGGAGGAGGUGAUGGAAGGGGUGGUGUGAGGGAGGGGAAUGGUGGGGGCGAGGAAGCAAGGCGUGGGAAGGGCUUGGAGACGGGAAAGGACUGGACGCUGGACAAUGCCGUGAUGUGGUUUGGGGACCGUAAGCAUGAAGAGGUGUUUGCGAGUCAUUCCCAAGUGGGCGGGUGGGCACUGAUGGGGCUAUCAGUUCUGACCCUUGUUGGAGCUGUGUGGGGCCCAUGGCGUAAUUUGGGCAUCGCAUAA